AUGAACUCCUCUCUCGCAGUAGAACCCGGUCGCCUACCCAAUCUAGCCGAACAAGAGUUCUUCGCCAAUCGUUCUGCAAAUCCUACCCCUACUAAUCAUACCCCAAGUCAAGACCCUUUUCAAGACUCUGGAGCUUUGCGAGGGGACGACCACCAGACACGGAUCAUACAAAAACUACAGGAUCUACACGACAAGCUUUUAAAUUAUGUACCACCUGAGAUACCCGAAGAAUCCCAUUCUAACUCAUUGCUAUCUCGGUUGUUCAGCCGUGAACUACCGUUGCCAACAUCUCCUCCAGAAUCUGCCCCAAAAGGAUUAUACCUUUAUGGCGACGUCGGGACUGGAAAGACGAUGCUUAUGGAUCUAUUUUACCAAACUCUUCCGCCAUCUGUGAGACGGAAACGACGGGUUCACUUCCAUGCCUUCAUGAUAGACGUCCAUAAACGUUUACACGCCGCCAAGAUCGCUAUGGGCUAUCAAGGUGGUGACCCAAUAGUGCCUGUGGCGCGGGACCUUGCUAGAGAUGCCUCAGUCCUUUGUUUCGACGAAUUUCAGGUGACUGAUAUUGCCGACGCGAUGAUUCUGCGGCGGCUUCUCGAGUCGUUGGUCAACUACGGUGUUAUAUGCGUAAUGACCUCAAAUCGACAUCCUGAUGACCUUUAUAAGAAUGGAAUUCAGCGGUCGAGCUUUAUCCCAGCAAUAGAACUCAUUAAAGCCAACUUCGAUGUUACUGACCUUGACUCUGGGACAGAUUAUCGACGAGUUCCCCGUGCAUUGUCACAUGUGUACUAUUCCCCAAUCACACCUGAAAAUAACCGUGAAAUUGAGAAGAUUUUCAAGUCCCUGACUUCCGAAAAUCCCGACGAUCCUCCAAUACGCAACAGGAAGUUGAACACAUGGGGCCGAACCAUUGUUGUGCCGGAAAGUUCUCGCAAAGUUGCUAAAUUCAACUUCAUGGAUUUGUGUGGGCAGCCUCUCAGUGCCGCGGACUACAUAGAGGUUACGAAAAACUUUGGAACGCUGUUCGUGACAGAUAUUCCCAAGAUGGGAAUGCAUCAGAAGGACCUGGCACGAAGAUUCAUUACUUUCAUUGACGCUUGCUACGAAAGCAAAACUAAGUUAUUUGUGACAUCGGAAGUUCCUGUCUUCCAGGUUUUCUCUGAUGAUCCUACAGAAGAAGCGAAGCAAAUUCAUAUAUCAGACCAUAUGCGUAGCGUCAUGGAUGAUCUUGGAUUAAACCAUACUGCUGUUGGGGGAAGUUCCAUGUUCACUGGUGAAGAAGAAGUAUUCGCAUUUGCACGCGCUUGUUCGCGCUUGGUUCAGAUGGGAAGUAAGGAGUGGGCUGAAACAGCUGGACAAAUGUGA